AUGCCCAAGUUCUACGAAGUCUCGGCCGCAGAAGUGCAAGGCACACGUUAUCUCGGAACACUUCUUUGUGUGGCCACUGAGCCGAACCAGAGACCCGGUCGGUGCUUUCAUUUGAAAGAGGGUUCAUCCAGAGUGAUGGAGUUCGAGUCCAAAAGCUACGCCGUUCCGAAAUGGUCGCUCCGGACCUUGAAUUGUGUCUUAAUGGGGACCGUUCGAAUCUCAGAAAUGGCACGCUUCAAGAAGGUGUGCCAGUCUGUAAAGGCUCCCGAUGGGCAGCCUCAGGACGGCCGGAUGUGGGAGCAGUGGCUGGAAAAUGUGAAUAAUGCGCUGGAAGGUGAAUGGUGUGGUUACCAAUGGAGAACGGCCUCGCACCAGCACCAACGACUGUCUGGCCGUGCACUACCAACUGAAUCAGUGAUGAUCAUGUCGGGAAUGGAAAGGAUGUCGUUCUGA